AUGGCAUCCAAAAAGCCUCAUGCAUUCAACCCACCCUCCGUACCUGAACCCGCCCCAACCUACAAUCAAGUCUGCAUUACUCCUGUAGUGUCAUCAUCCAAACUGAUCACUCUUGCUGGUCAAACAGGCAUGCGAAAAGAUGGUCCCAUCUCCUCUGAUCUCAGAGAGCAAGCAAAGGGCGCCUAUGAUAGCAUUCACAAGUGCUUAGCCGCUGCUGGUGCAACACCACGGGAUAUCGUCAUGGUCCGACAUUACAUUGUGAAGGAAACUGGUGACCCGAAGCAGGACGAAAAGGACGUUGUAGAUCGUGGCUGGGGAGAGCUUUGGAUGGAAUACAUGGACAAGGAGGCUGAAGGACAUAGACCACCUGAUACGGUGGUUGGUGUUGCAAGUCUAGCGACGAAAGAGCUGUUGUAUGAAUGCGAAGUAACGGCGCUGAUUAGUUAG